ACCAACAGUUGAGAAGUUAAAUGAUGAUGAAUUUGAACAAAUAAUGAAAAAUUAUGCUGCUACUAUUAUAUCUGAUGAUAUUGUUUUUGACGAUUUAGAAAGAGAGGAAAAAAACACUGAUUUAGAAGAUAGUAAUAUUAUAAAUUUAACAAGUAUCGAUAAUGAAAAUUUAGAUAUUCGAAAUACUAUUAAUUUAGAUUAUGCUUUGCACAAAGAUGAUUCAAAUAUUGUAACAAACCAAGAGAUUAUUGAUCAUGGCGAUUCAAAUUUUGAUAUUGAUUCAAUUAUUAGCUUAAAGUAA